AUUUGGCUGACUUGAAUCAUCGCCGUCGAAUCUGAUCUAUAACCUCGCCGCGGCGGCGGAGCGCUCCCUCGUCUCGUCGUCGUUUCUCCUUCUAUUCGCGAUGGAGGCCCCUCCAGCUCCGGCGUACGAUGGCAUCGCACCCACGGAGGCGGAGACGGCGAUCUGGGACUGGGGUAACUUGCUCGACUUCUCCUUCGCAGGCGACGAUUCGCUGAUUCUCCCGUGGGGUACCCCCGAAGAGGCUGGGACGCCACAGGAGGUGGACUCGACUCCUUAUCCCCUGUCUUCCCCCCAUUCGGUGCCGCUGCCCUCGCCGCCGACCGUGGAUUCGGUGGGCCGGGUCAGGAAGAGAGAUCCCAGACUCGUUUGCCCGAAUUAUUUGGCCGGGGUGGUUCCGUGCUCGUGUCCCGAGGUGGACGAGAAGGUGAUAGAGGCAGAGAAGGUGGAGGUUGGCGCGAGGAAGCGAGCAAGGUCAGGCGGUGCCUCUACCAGCGUUGUGAGAUGUCAGGUGCCUGGGUGCGAGGUCGACAUCAGAGAACUGAAGGGCUACCAUAAGAGGCACAGGGUUUGUCUCGAAUGCGCCAAUGCAUCAUCGGUGGAGCUCAACGGGGAGCAAAAGCGCUAUUGCCAGCAGUGUGGCAAGUUUCAUGUUUUGGCCAACUUUGAUGAAGGCAAACGUAGUUGUAGAAGAAAAUUAGAAAGACACAACAACAGAAGGCGGAGAAAGAACAAUGAUCCAAACAAUCUAGUAGAAAAAGAAACAGAAGCUCAAGGAGACCCACUACUAGGUGUUACAUGUGAUGGUGAACUAAUAAAAGAGACACCACAUGUAUUAGGGUGCAACACAGCUGAGACAGUUUUGAGCAGUAAAACUCAGGAUGGGGAGACAGUAGAUUCUGAAGAUGGGCAGGGUUCUCCCAUUGCUUCACUUCCUAGACUUAACAAUGAUGAGCUUUUAACUUCUGUUGAAGCUCAUAAGGAUGAAAGGAAUUCACUUUCAAAAUCUUCCCCUUCAAGUACAUUUUGUGACAAGAAGAGUGCUUAUUCAUCUAGGUGCCCUACAGGUCGAAUAUCAUUCAAGCUCUAUGAUUGGAACCCUGCUGAAUUUCCUAGACGGUUGCGCCAUCAAAUAUUUCAAUGGUUGGCAAAUAUGCCUGUCGAGCUGGAAGGUUAUAUUCGACCUGGAUGCACUAUAUUGACUGUAUUCAUCGCAAUGCCAGAGUUCAUGUGGGAGAAAAUAACUCAAGAUGUGGCUCAUUCUUUAAGAGACUUGAUUAAUCAACCUGGAAGUUUGCUACUAGGAAGAGGAACCUUUCUUAUUUAUCUCAGCAACACAAUCAUUCAGGUUCUACAAGACGGUACGACACUGACAAAUAUCAAGAUGGAGGUGCAGUCACCGAGGCUUCAUUAUGUUUAUCCGUCUUAUUUUGAAGCUGGGAAGUCACUGGAGUUCAUUGCAUGUGGCAGUAAUCUUGGGCAGCCUAAACUUCGGUUUCUGUUAUCCUUUUGUGGGAAAUAUUUAAAACAUGAAGUGGAGCAAAUCACCACCAGCUCUGAACAUGAGCUGUUCAGGAUAAAAGUGAAACACACUGAUCCAGAAGUGCUUGGCCCUGCUUUUGUUGAGGUUGAAAAUGUGUCUGGAAUAUCCAACUUUAUCCCUGUUCUUGUUGGUACCAAAGAUGUAUGCUCUGAGCUAGAAAGGAUUGAAGAGCUUUUUGCUGGAACCCAUGAUGACAGCAGCUUAGUGUUCCAUGCUGAUUCCUCAAGAUCAUGUAAAAUUCUUAUGUCCGGUCAAUAUGCUAUGUCUACGUUGCUCUUGGACAUUGCAUGGUUACUGAAGGCACCUCAUCCAGAAGAGAUAGAACACUUGCGGAGUUUGACAAAUGUCCAGAGAGUAACUUCGUUGUUGAAAUUUCUACUCCCUAACAAGUUUUUAAGCAUCCUCCGAUUAAUAGUGUGCCACCUUGACGAUCAUAUUCGUAUUAAAGGAGUUGACAACCCAGAUAGCUGGACUUCUAAUGCUGACCUGAAGCAAUUUCACGAGUACCUUAACCAUGCAAAAGAAAUUCUUUUCCAGGAAAAGCUGUAUCAUUUUAGAUCAGAAGUAGAAUCAAGAAACUCAGUUUCCAGAUCCCUCAUGCUACAAUAUGAAAAGAGUAAUAUGGGUGACAAGUUCUAUGCAAAUCAGGACGAUGAGCCAAUUAGAGACAGUUCAUUCCCAGACCCACUGCUGCCAUCCAUGGAGCAUGAUGUUGAGAUGCCACUUGUGACCAAGGAUGUCAUCCACAGGCAUACUUGUUACCAAAACUCUUUUGUUGAUGUAUUCUCAAACAAAAUCACAAGGUCUCGAUUAUCUUUGUUUGUAGCCGUAAGUGUUAUUUUGUGUUUAGUAGCUUGUACCAUCCUCUUUCACCCGCGCAAAGCUGGGGACUUUGCAAUUUCCAUUCGAAGAUGUACGUUUGGUGACACGGCAUGAGUCUGACCAACCUAACCUUUUGGUUUUGCAUCUCCCCUUUGUAUAUUGUAAUUGCGUAUGUUGUACUUGUUGCAAGGAGCAUUCUUAAAUGAUAAAUGUUCAGGUAAUUCUA